UUAUCAUUCAUUGUAAUUAACUUAUUGUCACAUGGGCACAGUAGUAGAAAGUGACGGUGUUUUUAGUAUGGACCUCAGCUGUGAUCAAACACCUGAACCGGUGGGUAGGUCUACCACUCCUAUUAUUCCCAGGCCUACUACUACUACAACGACAGACCAAGAUUUCCCGGUGCAUAGACCAACUCCAGCCACAACAGGUGCUGGUGAUCAUUGUUUAAUUGAUCAUGACAAUGGUCCAUGUGAGAUUCAAAGUAAUCAGGGACCACGACUGCGUUUUGGUAGCAGGGAGCGCUCAAAUACCAAUGACAGAAUCAGUGAGGAUGGGUUCGUGAUGGUUGAAGCAGAGAACGCAAUUGAAGCACAGAAAAUGGAGCAAAAUUCCAUGUUUGGUUUCAAGAAAUGGAAGUCUCAUUUAACAGCACGUCCACUAGAACAGCGAUCUGAAGUAGUCCGGAAGUUGUAUGAGGAGCCUAAAACAAUCCAACCAUUUGUUAGUACACUUGGUGUUGGAAAUGUACUGUACGUCAUUUUGUUUGGUUGGUGGAUCUCGCUCAUCUACGUACUCGUGGGCCUUCUAAUGUUCGUAACAAUCAUUGGCAGCGAUUAUGGCUUUUUUUGUUUAAGGUUGGCUUGGUAUCUGCUGUGGCCAUUUGGAAAAUUUGUUCAAAAGAAAAGUGAAGAGGAGGUACUGGGCAGCAAUUCCUCCAAAGAAGAAGUAGAUACUCCGAUUCUUGAAGAUGAGACAAUUCCAAUUGCUAUUACUAGAGGGAUAUCAAAGUCAUCAGACUCCACCUGUUAUUUGAAGCUGUCCUUCAUCAUAUGGGCUGUGUUGGGAUUUCCAAUUCUUGUUCUUGUUCAUCUCGUUACUAUUAUUAUCACAGGUUUCCUGGUUGUAUUUAUACCCAUUUCAAAGAUGAAUGUAAUAAUGAUCAAGCAAGUAUUACUACUGCCUCCUAAAAAACUUGGCAUCAAGCCAACAAGAACUUGGAAUCGAUCUAAUGCAAAGCCUCGUGAAAUGAUCAUGUGCUCAUAUCAAGCUGUGAAUGUGUAUUAUUACAAGUACACAAUCGACGGUAUCAACAUUUUUAUUGUCAAUAUGUUGCCAAUCGUAUUGGCCGCCCUCAUCUUAGGUUACUUGAAUAUUGAUGGGUUGUAUGUCUCUCAACCUACUAUAUUUGUUCUAGCUUUGAUCAGUUUUAUUCCAAUGUCAUAUUAUAUUGGAAUGGGCAUAACAAGCAUAUCUGCUCAAAGUUCGCACGCUGUUGGAGCGGUAAUAAAUGCUACCUUUGGCUCAGUAGUUGAGAUUACGCUCUACAUCUCAUCACUCUUCAAAAAUAACAACGAAGAAGGGAUCUGCUAUGAUGACCUUGUAAAAUCCGCCCUCACUGGAACGCUACUAGCUACAAUGUUGCUAAUUCCGGGUAUUUCAAUGGUGAUUGGAGGAAUUAAGCAUAGAGAACAGCGUUUUAAUAUGCAUUCUGCUGGAGUAAGCUCCUCGCUUCUGUUUAUCUCCGUUGCUGGAGCGUUCACUCCAACCAUCUUUGCUAAAGCAUUUGGCGCUAUCGAAUGUUCCGAUUGCUCAAAUAAUACCAAUACAUCAUCUGGUGGAUUUAGUUGUCUAGAAUGUCAUUAUACUGUGGCAGGCACAAAAGAAGACACCAAACUGACGGAGCAACUGAAUCAGUUGGUGUAUACCUGCACAGCACUGCUUCCUCUGGCGUACCUCAUUGGUUUAAUUUAUACUUUGAAGACACAUACUUUUAUUUUUGACACUCAACAUGGUGACGGGAAAGGACACAAGCCAAUAGUAUUAUGGGGGAGGAUUAAGAGUGGCAUUAUUUUAUUGGUAGCGGUAACAGUCACGUCUUUAUGCGCAGAACUUGUUGCCAAAAAUAUCCAGCCUCUUCUCACUUCCUGGGGAAUGUCAGAGAUGUUUACAGGUGUAACUAUUCUUGCACUUGCCCCAAGUAUUCCCGAAAUCCUUAACGGUAUUCAGUUUGCACGGCAAAAUAAUAUUAACAUGAGUAUAGAGAUUGGGAGUUCAGUGGCAGUGCAAGUAUGUCUUCUUCAAAUUCCUAUACUAGUCCUCGUCAAUGUCAUUUUUGACAAUAUGCAUUUUCUUCUCGUGUUCAAUGAUAUUCAUCUCUGGUCUGUAAUAUUAAGUGUUGUCAUUAUGAAUUACAUAUUCAUUGAUGGCAAGUCAGAUUAUUUCCAAGGAUCUGUGUUGGUGAUAGUAUAUGCAAUCCUUAUUGCAAUGUUUUUCUUCGCCCCAAAAACAGCUUGUAUCUGAUCCAGCUGCGUGCCAUGCAUCCAUCCAUCCAUUCAUCAGCUGUAAAAGAACUAAACAAUCCUCGAAUUAAAUCAUGAAUUGUGAUUGUGUCAAAUAAAGUACUACAUAUAAAUCCAAGGGUAUGCCAAACAUUGAAUUUAAUCACUUUUCGAAGUGGUAAUCCUCAUCACAAGAUGGCAGGGGGGUGUAUGGAUCAGUACACAGGGGAAACCCCCUAGCCCCCCUACUCAUCUCGAAAGAUGUACUGGGUUCUAUGAAAUGCACAUGAGCCAAUUGUGUACACUGGGCCAACGGUUUAUAGUCCUUAACCGAGAAUGUUCCACCUGCAGUACCAUGCGAACUUGCCGUUUGACGAACGUUCUUUAUACUGAAUAAAGUAUAUUCAAUAUAGACUUCAUCCCAUUUUCUUAAGAGAAGAAAAUAUACAAAGCUGAAACAACAAGUCAUCAAAUAUUGGCAAUUGAGGACCUAAAGUCGAAGAUGAGAAUGACCUUUGACCCGAUUAGAAGUGUUUAGCAGUUC